AGGUGCGCAGAAACCCUAUUUCAGAAGAAAGUCUAUACAGGUGAUCAAGCGGAGGCGGCGCGGCGCGGCACGGCGCGGCAAGAUGGGCCGUGUGCGAACAAAGACAGUGAAAAAAUCUUCUAGGCAAUUGAUCGAAAAAUACUAUUCUAGGAUGACUCUGGAUUUUCACACUAACAAGAAAGUUCUCGUGGAAGUGGCAAUUAUCCCUUCGAAGCGGCUUCGGAACAAGAUCGCCGGCUUUUCGACCCAUCUGAUGCGCCGGAUUCAGAAAGGCCCAGUGCGUGGCAUAUCGCUGAAGCUGCAGGAGGAGGAGCGCGAGCGCCGAAUGGACUUCGUCCCCGAGGAAUCCGAGAUCAAAGUCGAACACAUCGAAGUUGACUCCGACACAUUAGACAUGCUCAUAUCUAUUGGCAUGGCAGAACUCCCGGGAGUUGAGAAGAUGACUGAGGCUCCCGCUGCUCCGGCUCUUGCUGGACGCCCGGCAUUUGUAAGAAGGACCUAAGUUUUUCUAUCCAUCUUUCGUUUAGUAUUCUGUUCGAACUUGUUAAAUUUUGCAUUUUUAUCGUUUUGAUCUCUGGAUUCACAGAUGGAGUUUUUCCUAAAUUUCCCUUUCUCU